AUGAGUGGUCUACCACAACAGGAGCUCAGCAAAGAAUGGACCCUGGCAGCCUGGAACCUCGUACCUUUAUCGGUAGGCGUAGCGGUGAAAAUCGGUGACAAAGGGGAGGCAGAUCAUGUGAAGAAAAUCAUCUUUAAGGAAGUUUACAAGAGGAGAGGAGAAAUUUCUCUACGUAGGCUUGCAAGAAGAAAAGCAAAUCGCGAAGCAAAUUGCAAAGUGAGAAAAAUUGAGAUAAAAGGCAAAUUAGUGAGGCAAAUUAGGUUUAUAAGUGAACUAAUACUAUUAAAAUUAUUAUUACUAAAACUAAUGUUACCCUAUUUUGAAUUUUUGAAGCUCAAUUCGAAGCUAGACCUAGUACCCCUAAAACGAAGAGAUCGGUUUACUUUUAAAUUCCAAAAGGCCCUCUUCCAAAUCUUUAAAAAGAAGAAUAAAAUUCAAAUAGGAGAAGAAAGCCUAAACCAAUUAAAUAAGAAUAGUUAA